GUACUGGCGGGGAUGAAUGUGCACCCAGCUGAGUUUGACGGCCUUAAGCAGGAGUACAACGUCAAAGGCUAUCCGACCUUCUGCUACUUUGAGAAAGGAAAAUUCCUUCAUCACUAUGAAAACUAUGGAGCUACACCCAAGGACAUAGCAGACUGGCUGAAGAACCCACAGCCCCCCCAGCCAAAGACUCCUGAGGUGCAGUGGUCGGAGACGGACUCGCCAGUCUUCCACCUGACCGAUGAGUCCUUUGACAGCUUCCUGGAGGAACAUCCUGCAGCCCUGAUCAUGUUCUACGCCCCCUGGUGUGGCCACUGCAAGAAAAUGAAGCCAGAGUAUGACGACGCCGCUGAAGUACUCAACAAAGCUGCAGACAGUCCAGGCGUGCUUGCAGCAGUCGAUGCCACGGUGCACAAGGCUGUGGGAGAUCGCUUCAAGAUCUCCGGUUUCCCCACCGUCAAGUAUUUCGAAAAAGGCGAGGAAAAGUACACACUCCCACACCUCCGUACCAAAGACAAGAUCAUCGAGUUCAUGCACAAUCCCCAGGCACCUCCACCACCAGAGCAGUCCUGGGAGGACAAACCCUCCAGUGUCAACCAUCUUGGUUCAGAGGAUUUCAGAGAAGCUCUGAAGAAGAAGAAGCACGCUUUGGUCAUGUUCUAUGCUCCUUGGUGUCCGCACUGUAAAAACGCCGUCCCUCACUUCACCACAGCAGCAGAGCUCUUUAAGGAGGACCGCAAGAUUGUGUAUGCGGCUGUGGACUGCACAAAAGGACUGAACCAUGACCUCUGCAAGCAGGAGGGGGUGGAGGGCUACCCAACAUUCAACUACUACAACUACGGGAAGUUUGUGGAAAAGUACAACGGAGAUCGUGGGGAAGCAGGCUUCAUAGGAUUCAUGCGUAACCUCAGAGGUCGAGACCAGGAGAAGGUUGGGAAGAGGAAGGAGGAGCUCUGAGGGUGUAAAAAGAGGGCGAUGCACUAUGACCCUUGAGUCUGGCAAGGGCCCCUUUCAGCACUGAAUUGGGAGACUCAAUGACCUCAGCGAAAGGCUAUUUUUUAUACCUUGGUGAUCUCAUUUUUAAUGAUACCAACAGAGUACUGACCAACCACUUGAGACUUCUUUUUAUGGAUAUUUUUGAUGGGCACAAAAUCGAUUUAAAAAAAGUGUUGAUUUCUUUCUCUGUUCUUUUUUUUUGUUUGUUUGUUUUUUUGCCCAAUCACUGUGACUUGAACAUGUUUAAAGCUACACGCUAUAUUGUAUCUAUGCAAAAGUGACCCCUGCUUAUGCCUGUAGGGGUCUGUGUGAUCAAACUAUGGUGGAGGCUGGUGGCCGAUUGAAUAGGAUGAACUCUGAGGCUGCAUCUUCCAUCGCUGCACGAGGGGUUUUCAUCCGAUCCUAUCAACCUUGCUCUCUCUUUAAAUAUUAAUCACGCUGAUCUUUUUUUCUUCUUCUUUUUUAUUAUUCUUCACCAUAUUCAGUGUAUUGCCCUCUUUCUCAGAUCACUUAGAAUAAAUUAGUCUUGAAUUUCCAUUUAACAUUAAUUUUGUGUCCCUGCUUGGUGUGGUUCAGGAUAGUGGUGGGAGUGCUGGAGUCGAUCCCAGCUUUCAUCAGGUUGGGUUCUUCCCAUGACAGAUUCCCAGCUCUAAGCAGGGCCAACAGACUGACAUCUAAGGCAGGCCUCAGCUGAGAUAUAAAUUAGUUAUAAAAAGGCUCCUUAUUGACCUUUUACAUAAGCCGCCAUAGAAUCUUCAAGCUUGUAAAGCAAAAUGUGAAGCUGUGUAAUCGGUAAUAAGGGAAUGUUGGAACACUGGAUUAGAGGGUCAGUGUUCUGUCUGUCUGAAAAACAUAUCUUAGAAAGUUUAAAG